GGUGCCCGCGGUCGUGCCAGAUGACCCGGUGCCCGCGGUCGUGCCAGAUGACUCGGUGCCCGCGGUCGUGCCAGAUGACUCGGUGCCCGCUGUCGAGCUUGACGACCCGGUGCCCGCUGUCGUGCCAGAUGCUCAGAUGGCUCGGUGCCCAGCUGACGUGCCGCUGCCCGCUGCCCAGCCUGACGUGCCUCUGCCCGCUGCCCAGCCCAACGUGCCUCUGCCCGCUGCCCAGCCCGAUGUGCCUCUGCCCACUGCGCAGCCCAACGUGCCUCUCCUGCUCCUGGAGAUCCUGUGUCCAGCGACCUGCCUUCCUGGGUUCCGUACAUAAAGAGAAGUCUGCCAGCAGGAAACCCAGCCAGCGGUUGACUCCAGCAGAAAGAUAUCCAGCCAGUUACCUGACCCGGGUGGUGGAACAUUUUGCCCACUAAGGACUGUUUGGAGCGUCCUGAGGCCACUCCUUGAGGGGGGGGUACUGUCAGGAAUUGGACUAAGCACUGGUGGUGGGACUCACCUGCCGUGUGGGCUGCAGUACCAGGGCUGACCAGCGGGUGCUCUCAGCA